CAGACGGCUGCCAUGGUUGCGGCGCAGGAGAGGAGGAGGAAAGCGGAUGAGGCGCGGUAUAAGAGUGGGGAUGGGACUGGGACUGGGACUGGGAGGGGAGGGGAAGGGCAGGAGACAAUCUACCGUGAUGCAUCUGGACGAAUUAUCAACGUGGCGAUGAAACGGGCGGAGGCGCGACGAGAAGAGGAAGAGAAGAAGUUGAAGGAGGAGGCCGCGAAGGAGGCCCUGAUGGGCGAUGUGCAGCGGCGGGAGAGGGAGGAGCGGAGGCAGCAGCUGGCGGAGGCGAAGGUAAUGCCGUUGGCGCGGACAGCAGAGGACGAGGCGCUGAACGAGGAGCUCAAGGCUCAACAGCGCUGGAAUGAUCCUGCUGCGCAAUUCUUGACCAAGUCAACGGGGCCGGGGACGAGCACCACGGGGAAGCCGUUAUACAAGGGAGGGUUCCAGCCGAAUCGGUAUGGGAUUCGACCGGGACAUCGGUGGGAUGGGGUGGAUCGGGGUACUGGCUUUGAGAAGGAGUGGUUUGCAGCGCGAAGUAAGAAAGGGAGACUGGAGGCGUUGGAGUAUGAAUGGCAGAUGGAUGUGUGAUUUACUCUUAUCUACUAAUAGUAGAUGCUCCCGUACUCUACUUUGUUGUGCUUACAUGGGAGGUGUUUAUUUGGUCGUGCUGGACAUGGCCGAUUAUGCUAAAAGAUAUGAAGACCCAACCCUCGAAUCAGAUAACUAAACUUCUUCGAUGACGAAUCUCUUUUCCAUCUCAAGGAAGCUAACUCUAAGAUGAGAGAGACAUGAUAUGAUGAUUCCGGGCAUGUUGGUGAUAUUUUCAUGUGACCAUGGCUACCUCAGGAAUCUAGAACAUGUGAUAAUGAAGAA